UCUCGCGCUUGGGUUUCGCUGUGCGCCAGGUGGAAGGGAUUUGGAUGGCUGCGCUGUGCGGGGCGGUGUCAGUGAAGCGGUGGGGUUGUUGUUUGGGGAGUGGGAGGGAUGGUGGAGUGGAGGGAGGGAAGGAGAGCGUUGUUGCUGCCAUUUUGGUUCAAGCGUUUGUAGUUAUGGAUUGUUCAAGGACGAGCUGUUGGCCGGAUGAAGGCAGAGAGCGCAAAAGCAGAGAGCGGAAGAGCGAGCGCAGGAAGCAGCGACGUGCGCCACCUUCGUUUCCCACGAUCGAGCCCUCAUGAGCGACGUUGCGGAUCAACAGGAUGGCUCGUGGGAAGACGAAUGGGAAACAGCCGAGCCUAUAGCGCUGCCGCCACCUUUGACGGGCCAGUCAGCUUCUUCGACUCUGCCAGCCAACUUCCGAGGAAUCGAAACCGACAAAGUCAGCUAUGUACCUCAAGUGAAACUCCUGAAACGUGAUACAAAUACACCUACAUCGGGACAGAAGAUGGAGCGUACCCCUUCCGGAUCCAGUCAGAAGUCUCAGGCAGACCGUGAGGCCGAGUAUGCCGCGGCAAGAGCGAGGAUUUUUGCCGAAGGCGCUGGUGGGAAAGCGAAGGAUGUCGUGAAUAAGAGCUCGUCUGGACGACAGGCGACUUCCAAUGGUAAAGGUGGCAGUGGAGGGGCACCCGCGGCUGCUGGGAGAGCGAGCGGAAGGCUUCCUGCGACAGGCCCACGGAGAGAACAGGGCAAGGCGGAGGGGAGACCAGGAUCUGGAAAGUCGUCUGGUUCACAGCAGCAGGGGAAUAACGGACAACCGAGCUCAAGAGAGACAGCAAAAGACGGCAAACCUGAGCAAGUACCAACGCCGUCAGAAAGGGCAUCAAAGGGUGCGUUUUGACAAUCGGCCGUAGAUGAAGGGCGACCAACAACUCGCGAAUCAGAUAGAUCGUAGAUUUCGACCGAUUUGUGCUGGCCACCUGAGUUUGUACAUAUAUCUAAGUAUU